AUGGCACCCUCAACUUCAAAUAUGCCUCCCAAACAACCAGCACAUAACCCAAAGGAUACAGAGGCCGAAGAGCGGAAAAGGCUGCUAGCAGACCGAGAUGGCUAUGACUCUGACGACUUUGACCAACCCGAAAGCAAGCAAGAACGAUGGUCAUCUCGGAAGAUAGCUAUCACUGCCUCCGCUCUUAUUGGACUCCUCAUUACUGGCACGUUUGCUCGUACAAUGCUGUUUGGCACCCCUGGUCGGAGGCACGAUUCAGACGAUCCGACGGUUCUUUAUUCGAAUGGGACGGAGGGGUUUAAGCGGACAGUGGUUAUCGUGUCUAUUGACGGCCUACGGGCUGACUACCUCGAUCGAGGUUUAACACCGCAUUUACUGGCUCUGAGUAAGAAGGGUCUUCGCGCCAAAUCUAUGAAGCCUGUGUUCCCUACUCUAACAUUCCCAAACCACUGGGCCCUAAUGACUGGUCUUCACGCGGAAUCUCAUGGCAUUGUUGCGAAUAACUUCUGGGAUCCAGCAUCCAAGGAAGAGUUUCAUUACAACCGCGUAUCAUCUGCUUGGAAUCCUGCAUGGUGGCUGGGAGAACCGAUGUGGGAAACGGCAGAGAAAGCUGGUCUUCUCACUGCAAACCUCAUGUGGCCCGGCCCUCCAAAAACUUUGACUGGGGCGUCUCCAGCCUAUUUCGUCCCCUGGAAGGAUAAAGUGCCUCUCCGGGAGAAGCUCGAUCAAAUUCUAUACUGGAUCGACCUACCGCUUGAGACAAGACCGCAAUUGAUUAUGGCGUAUGAGCCUUCCCUCGAUCAAGCCGGCCAUGCUACUGGGCCUUACUCCAAGCAGGUCAAUGAAACCCUCGUUGUUGUGGAUCGGUUCGCGAAGGACCUGCAUGACUCUCUGGAAGCAAGAAACCUCACCGAUAUCGUCGAUAUCGUUUUCGUCAGCGACCACGGAAUGACAGACACAAGCCACCCAGAGCCAGUAUACAUAGAUGACAUCCUAGGUGCUGACGGUCUGAAAGCUAUCGAACAUGAAGACGGCUGGCCAUCAAUGGGAUUGCGAUUCCACUCCAACGCGAAUGCUUCCAAGUUCCUGCAUGCCCUCGUUGAGGCGUCAGAGGCGAACCCAGAGAAGUUCGAGGUCUACACGCGUCAGACGAUGCCUGAGAGAUACCACUUCUCCAAGCACGAACGUAUUGCUCCGAUCUACGUCGUGCCAAAGAUAGGAUACAUCCUGACGACUCGCGCGGAAGGUGAUGUCGGGAUGAGCAAAGGUAAUCAUGGAUACGAUAACGACGAGGUCUCAAUGCAGGCCAUGUUCGUUGCGCAUGGCCCUUUCUCAGUCAAGGCGAAGGCGCAAUAUCAGAGAAGGUCCCAAGACAGCCGCCUCGUCGCCCGAACUAAGAAGGGUUGGCACUCGACGUCGCACGAUACGUACAUUAUGCAACCGUUCCGGAAUGUUGAAAUCUACAAUCUUGUAAUGAAGCUGCUAGGAAUCAGUGACAAGGCUGCUCCAACUAACGGCACGAUUGGUUACUGGGACCAAUAUCUCUAG